CACACUAUGAUGAACCUUUUUGUGGGCACCGAAUGAAGAGGCAUGUAGUGCGUACAUUUCACACUCAGAAUUCGGACACUCAGAUAAAAUGGCAGAUAGUAAAUAUGGUGCUGAUGUGAUUUGUCAGUCACCAUAGCAACCACCUUUGAUGCUGGACCAGAAUAGCAGCAACACAUGAGUAAACGUUCCUUUUCUCUUCCCCAACCCCACUUCUCCUCUUCAAGAUCCCACAGAUCAGCUAUGCGUCAACAGCCCCAGAGUUGAGUGACGACAGGCGCUAUGACUUCUUCUCGCGGGUGGUUCCCCCAGACUCAUUUCAGGCCCAGGCCAUGGUGGACAUUAUCCAAGCCCUGGGCUGGAGUUACGUCUCCACCAUCGCCUCAGAGGGCAGCUAUGGAGAGAAGGGAGUGGAGGCCUUCACACAACUCUCCAAAGAAGCAGGUGGAAUCUGCGUCGCCCAGUCUUUGAAAAUUCCCCACAACCCCAAGCUGGAGGAUUAUGACAAAGCCAUCCAACAACUGCUGGAAACACAGCACUCGCGGGCAGUCAUCAUCUUUGCCAGUGAAGAAGACAUACGCGGAGUUCUCAAUGCCACCAAGAGGGCCAAUCAGGUAGGCCAUUUCCUGUGGAUUGGAUCUGACAGCUGGGGGGCCAAGAGCAGUCCGAUCCACCAGCUCGAGGACGUAGCAGUGGGAGCAGUCACUAUACUGCCCAAACGCUCCUCCAUUAAAGGGUUUGAUGAAUACUUUACUGCACUCACCCUUGAGAACAACCGCAGGAACGUGUGGUUUGCUGAGUUUUGGGAGGAAAACUUUGACUGCAGGCUUCUCAGUGCCUCCAAGAGAGAGGAUACCAGCCGUAAAUGCACAGGCCAGGAGCGCAUCGGGAUUGACUCCAAGUACGAGCAGGAAGGGAAGGUGCAGUUUGUGAUUGACGCGGUGUACGCCAUGGCCCACGCUCUCCACAACAUGCAGAGGGACUUAUGUCCUGAACAUCCUGGCGUGUGUCCACAGAUGGAGUCUGCAGAGGGAAAGACUCUGCUGAAGUACAUACGCAACACCAGCUUCAACGGCAGUGCCGGUACCUCUGUUGUGUUUAACAAGAAUGGUGAUGCUCCCGGACGCUACGACCUGUUCCAGUUCCAGAUGACCAACUCCUCCACCCCAGAGUAUAAGGUGGUAGGACAGUGGGUGGAAACCCUGCAGCUCAGGCUAGAGGAGCUUCAGUGGCCAGAUGGGGAGCAGGAGGUGCCUAUCUCUGUGUGCAGUCUGCCCUGCAAAACUGGAGAGAGGAAGAAGAGGGUAAAGGGCAUGCCGUGCUGCUGGCACUGUGAACUGUGUGAUGGCUACCAGUACCAGUACGACGAGACUUCCUGCAGACUGUGUGCCUACAACAUGAGGCCCAACCCCAACAGAACCGCCUGCCAGCCCAUCCCGAUUAUUAAACUGGAGUGGCACUCUCCAUGGGCGAUCAUCCCUGUCUUCCUGGCCAUGCUUGGUAUCAUCGCCACUAUCUUCGUCAUGGCAACCUUUGUACGCUACAAUGACACACCCAUUGUCCGGGCGUCAGGCCGAGAGCUGAGCUACGUGCUGCUAACUGGCAUCUUUCUGUGUUACAUCAUCACCUUCCUCAUGAUUGCCAAGCCUGACGUAGCUGUGUGUGCCUUCAGGAGGAUCUUCCUGGGUCUGGGCAUGUGCAUCAGCUACGCCGCGCUGCUCACCAAGACCAACCGCAUCUAUCGGAUCUUCGAGCAAGGAAAGCAGACAGUCACGGCCCCACGCUUCAUCAGUCCCACCUCCCAAAUCGCCAUCACUUCCAGUCUGAUCUGUGUGCAGCUGCUGGGCGUGCUGGUGUGGUUUGCUGUGGACCCGCCAAACACCAUCAUCGACUACGAUGAGCAGAAAACCAUAAACCCCAUGCUGGCCCGUGGCGUACUGAAGUGUGACAUCACAGACCUACAGAUUAUCUGCUCACUGGGCUAUAGCAUCCUGCUGAUGGUGACCUGCACCAUCUAUGCCAUCAAGACAAGGGAUGUACCAGAAGACUUCAAUGAGGCCAAGCCCAUUGGCUUCACUAUGUAUACCACUUGCAUAGUCUGGCUGGCCUUCAUCCCGAUUUUCUUUGGCACAGCCCAGUCUGCAGAGAAGCUGUACAUUCAGACAACCACCCUGACCAUCUCCAUGAACCUUAGUGCCUCAGUAGCACUGGGCAUGCUCUACAUGCCCAAGGUGUACAUCAUUAUCUUCCACCCUGAGCUGAACGUACAGAAGAGGAAGCGUAGCUUCAAGGCUGUGGUCACAGCUGCCACAAUGUCAUCACGUUUGUCCCAGAAGCCCAACGAGAGGCCCAACGGAGAGGCUAAGACUGAGCUAUGUGAGAACCCUGCUGCUGACCCCAUGAGGAAGGGAGCUGUAGAGGAACAGAGAAAGACAGACAGAGUCAGGAGAGAGAGCGCAGGCAUCCCAGCACCACCUGCAGUACCUAUGCACUCCAGGACUGUGGAUAGCAUCCAACCUUCAUCCAGACAUGAUACAUGAGUCCUGACAGAGACUAGCGCAGCUGCAGGCCAGUGUGGCUGGGUUGGCCUCCAGAACCAAACUGUAGGUUUUUAAACUUGUGUUGUGGCCCCCUUCUCUCUGACAGAGGUCAACUUGCCUGCUAAUAGGGGUCACUGUGAACGAGGACAGUCGUAAAAAGGACAGUGGAUCUACUUUCAAGAUUUUUUUUUUUUAAAAUGUCAUUAAAGCCAUAUUCUCUUGGGGUUCCCAUUAUCUGAUUUCUGUUUUGUAUUGUUUAUAAGUGAUUUUCUUCUGUGCCUCUUUUCUCUUGAAGUUGAUUUAAAUACCUUGAACAGCAAGCUCUGCCACAUACAGUAUUUUGUUUUACAGAAAUCAACUCAAAAUCAGUCCCAGAUGAUUAUUAUGUUAGAGUGAUGGGCAUUGUAAGUAUAUUUUUUUGUAAAUAUUUGAGAGUAUUUUCAUGUUUGGAGUACAAAAAUAGAUAUCCAGUCUUUGUUCAAUUGGAUUUGGAUGGUAAUGAAAAGCACCACAAAGUGUUCACUUUGCAUGUGCCAAUGUAUGUCUGUUCUAUUUGAUGUAAACAAAAAAAAAAAGAGAGAAAUAAAUUCUGAAGAUGAUAAUGAGCUUCAGCAUCCUUCUGCAGUUUGUUUUCUUUAC